CUCCUCCUCCCCCUCCUCCCCGGAGCCAGCAGCAGCAGCAGCAGCACAGGAGCUGCCGUGCCUCGUCUCUCACUGAGGAGAUCCCGAAAGCCGGAGCUAACUAAAUUAGCUAAACCCCCGUACAGCCAUGGCAGAAAACGCCGGCUUGGAAAACCACCGCAUCAAGAGCUUUAAGAAUAAAGGACGUGAUGUCGAGACUAUGAGAAGACAUCGGAAUGAAGUGACAGUUGAGUUGAGAAAGAACAAACGAGACGAACAUCUACUGAAGAAGAGAAAUGUCCCGCAGGAGGAGAGUCUGGAGGACUCUGAUGUCGAGUCAGACUUCAAAGGACAAAACGUAACGCUUGAUGCCAUCUUACAGAACGCUGUCAGUGAUAAUGCAGUUAUCCAGCUCAGUGCUGUCCAGGCAGCCAGAAAACUGCUCUCAAGCGACAGAAACCCUCCCAUCGACGACUUGAUAAAGUCUGGGAUCUUACCCAUUUUAGUCAAAUGCCUGGAACGGGACGACAACCCCUCUCUUCAGUUUGAGGCAGCCUGGGCUCUGACCAACAUUGCCUCUGGGACUUCAGCACAGACUCAGGCUGUGGUUAAAUCCAAUGCAGUGCCGCUGUUCCUGCGACUGCUACACUCUCCCCACCAGAACGUAUGUGAACAGGCUGUAUGGGCUUUAGGAAACAUUAUAGGUGAUGGUCCACAGUGCAGGGAUUAUGUCAUCUCCCUGGGCGUGGUCAAACCCCUGCUUUCUUUCAUCAACCCAUCCAUCCCCAUUACCUUCCUCCGCAAUGUCACCUGGGUCAUUGUUAACCUCUGCCGCAACAAGGAUCCACCACCACCUAUGGAAACCGUGCAAGAGAUUUUGCCCGCCCUCUGUGUGCUAAUAUAUCACACCGAUAUAAAUAUCCUAGUAGACACAGUGUGGGCUCUGUCCUAUCUGACGGACGGGGGCAACGAGCAGAUCCAAAUGGUCAUUGAUUCUGGAGUCGUUCCAUUUCUUGUGCCUCUCCUCAGCCAUCAGGAGGUCAAAGUUCAGACGGCAGCUCUGAGGGCCGUGGGUAACAUUGUGACAGGGACAGACGAGCAGACACAGGUUGUGCUCAACUGUGACGUCCUCUCACACUUCCCCAACCUGCUCACACAUCCGAAAGAAAAGAUCAACAAGGAAGCAGUCUGGUUCCUUUCCAACAUCACAGCUGGAAACCAGCAGCAGGUCCAGGCUGUUAUAGAUGCUGGACUGAUUCCCAUGAUCAUUCACCAACUGGCUAAGGGUGACUUUGGUACACAGAAGGAGGCAGCGUGGGCCAUCAGCAACCUCACAAUCAGUGGGAGGAAAGACCAGGUGGAGUUCCUGGUGGAGCAGAACGUCAUCCCUCCUUUCUGUAACCUGCUGUCGGUGAAAGACUCCCAGGUGGUGCAGGUUGUCCUGGACGGCCUGAAGAAUAUCCUCAUCAUGGCAGGAGAUGAAGCCAGCACUAUCGCUGAGAUCAUAGAGGAGUGUGGAGGUUUGGAGAAGAUUGAAAAUCUGCAGCAGCAUGAGAAUGAGGAUAUCUACAAACUAGCCUUUGAGAUUAUUGAUCAGUACUUUUCAGGAGAUGAUAUUGAUGAAGAUCCCAGCUUGAUCCCUGACACAACUCAAGGAGGGACCUUCAACUUUGAUCCAGCUUCCAACAUGCAAACGAAGGAGUUUAAUUUCUAAAAAGCCAGGAUGUUUGGGUCAACCAGCUGCACGGGUACUCUGUAAUCACCCCAGACAUUCAUCCAUCUCUCCUCCAACCUGGCAACCUGGUACCGAAGGAUUUACUUAGCAUCACUUCAACAUGGAAACUCACCACUGAAGGAUUUAUCCACCCCACCUCUGCACUGAGGGGUGUUUUUUGUUUUGUUUUUGUUAAUGGUCAUCCUUCACCGAGCACGGCAACCCUUUACAGGAGUCCAGGUCAUUCAGCAGGCAGAAUCAUCAUCUGGCAACCUGCAUCAGGAGGGUUAUUGCUAUUCUCUGCCAGUGCUUCUAAAUAUCACACAAAAAUAAAACCAGAAGGAAGAAUAAGCCUUCGUGGCAAGAUUUAGUUGCCAAAUGUCAAGUCUUCACAAACACAAAAAAACACAAGCGCAUUUUCAGACACAAACACACACACACACACACACACACACACACACACACACACACACACACACACACACACACACACACACACACACAUAAACACUUUUUGACACUUAGAAUUUGUGUGCAUACUUCUGUUAGAAGCCAUCAUAUCACUUAUGGGGAAGAAAUACUGCUGUUUGUUUGUGGUUUAUUUUUGUGCUUUCCCUUCCCUGGAUUGUCCUCUGGUGUUACUUCACCUACGCGCACACUGACAUACAAGUACACACUUUAGUCACACAGAUUCCCCAAUGGCGGCACCCCAAUACCCCUCUCUCCCCCAGUUUAAAGAGUUAAUCCCAGAGCUAAGCCAUCAAUAACCACGGACCCCUGCUGCCCCUCCAGGAGAGUCCUGGGGCCGGUGGAGGGUGGGGGGAAGGGCUCCAAGGCAAAAAGAGGACUCCGUGGCAAACUGACUGACGGGACAUCUGACUCAAUGAAGUCACUUUUUUUAAAAUGUGACAUCUGUUGAAUUAUCAAGCUUAACGUUUGUUUUAACACAAAAAAAUCUAAAUGUGAAGAAAAAUGCCAUAAUUAUUAUUUCUUUCAAAACCUACAACUGUAAAACCUGCUAACUGCCUGCUUCUGAUUCAGCAGAGCGACAACAGUUUUUGAUUUUUACGGAUGUGAAUACCCGUCAUGGGAGGAGGCACCUUUAGGCGAAGACGCAGAGACUUAAGAGAAGAGGAACAUGUCAGCUGUAGCGUUUUAUCACUCUGCAGGACAUCCACUUGUGCAGCAUGAGCUCGGUCAUGUCCUGUGAUCCAGCAAAGUGCUUGCCUGGGACUGCCCUGUAAUGUGAAAACGUUUAAGGGGGGGCUCAAACAAAAAAAGAAAACGUCAAGCUAAAAUCGAUCCGAAUUGUUUAUUUUAAUUAUUUUAAAUUCUCUCUUUAAACAAAUAUUUUGGUUUAAUGUUUCAACAUCUUCUGGUUGAGUCGGUGGAGCUUCCAUAUGGCUUGUUUUAAUUUUACUUUUCUUCAGUCUUAUGCACACGUCUGAGAAGGCAUAUUGAUGUCUGCCUGCAGAAAGGGACCUAUACUCAUUGAAGACUAGACUUAUAUAACGAGUACAGGUCCUGAUUACAGUACUUAACUACUUUUUUCGAUGAAGAGGUCACAUGUCAUCACUCAAUUUGAAUAAUUGUACAAAAAAUGUGAUGUGAAUCUCUCCAUGCCGUCUAAUGAAUAUAUGAAUAUAUUUACAUAAAGCCUGUACAAAGCUGCUGCAGCUGACAGUCAUUGGAUGGACGAUAACCUUACUGUCAAAGAUGGCUGGGGAGGAUUUCAUUUUUUUUUUCUUUUGUCGUUGAAGCAAUAUUUCUUUGUUUCAAUGUUUUUAUUUUUGACUUGCAUAUGUAUUGUGAUGACAUGCUGAUGAAUUGGAACAGGCUGGUUUUUUUCCUUUUUUUUUUUUUUUUUUUUCUCUUCGUAGUGGUGACGGGCUGUUUUAAGAUGUGCCGUCCCAUGUCCCAGUUGGUGUAUGGGUGCGGUUUCAGGGUGACAAACUUUGAACCCGACCCUGGCCCUGGUCUGGAAGACUUUAUGAUCCUCUGGUUGGAUGCUAACUACUGAGAGGGGGUCGGAACAGGUGGGGAGGGGGAGGGGGUCACACUGGGGUUUUAAAUAUUGGGCGGGGUUGUUAUGAGCAGCCCAGGCUUGUUUUUGGGACUAGCUGUUUAUUACUGAACAAAACUAUAGAGAGGGUGUACAGUCAUGAACUAGCAGACUAGACCGAGCCACUUUAAAGAUUUACAAUUUCGUUGCCUUGUAUCUGAAUUGGAUACAAGCUUAUGUUUGUUGCAAGAUUUUUACUUGCUAAUGAAAAGUUGUUUUAAAUAAAAUAAUAGGAGAACAGCAACAGACAGCGUUUUGGCCUCUGAUUGUUUAUAUCUUUUUAUAAAUUUUAGAUUGAAUUUCUCUCUUUAAGGUGGCUCAUUGAUGCUUUCAACUCUUGUGCAUAUUAAAGACAAGAAUGAGUUGAAAAUCAUUGUGCCUUUUGUUUUUCAUUUCAACUAAAACUAGGUUUUAUUGAAUAGAAACAAUUCUUUGAGCAACUGGAGGAUUUUGAAAAGGGAGAUGCAGUAAUAUGUGGUCUCCCUGUUGUUUGGAGUUUGCCAUGGGAAUGGUCAAUGCUGCUCUCUGCUGAGAGUUCCUGCUUCCCUCCGAUUGAAUUCACUGAACAUUGUAACAUACAUUUUCUACCACUCAUUUAUCCCCCCAAAACACUGCAAACCACCAUUGCCAUACUUCAGUCAGGGGAUUUCGAUAUCAUCUCCUCUCAUCUCACCCUCAGGACAUGAUCUGUGUUUCUGAUCCUAACCAAAAUAAACUUGCUGUUUAGCCGUUGGAUCCUCCGUGCUUUCAAGUGUUGUGAUUCACGCAUACGAUUAGUCAAAUGUAAGACGUAUAAGUGGGAAUGUGAAAGAAGCUUUUAGCGGGGCUGGUUUCCCAGUAUUUGUGUGAGAAGGAAGAACAUCCUUUUCCCCUUUAGCUCAUGAGUUGUUAUGCUCCUGACUUUGCUUUCACUUCUUCUUAAUGGGUGUGAUUAAAUUGACCAUCGUAUCUUGUCAAACAGAAAUGUUAAGUACUCUGACCAUUUUAUUUCUGUUGCACAUCCUUUACAUUUCAGGUGAGAUCUGUCAGCAUCUAAUAACAGGGUUGUUGUCAUUUGUUGUUUGAAUUUUCUCUUUCUUCAGGUGAUGUUUUUGAAUUUACCCAACAACCUAGGUAUUUUUGGCUGCAGAUAACUGGCCUCCAAGUGGAAUACAAACGCUGCUUUACACAGAUCCAGAUUCCCCAGGCACCGGGUGUAUGGUGUGGCAAUUUGAUUGGAUUCAUCUUUUGGGGUAAUAUGCAAUACCACAGCAAGAUGUAAACUAAAGUGUAAAGGCAGAUCCUGGAUUUUUACCUAAUCAUUACUAUCUGUUUCAUAAAAAUCAAAUUUUUGCACAGUGUGCGAUUUCCAAAAUAAAUCCAUGUGUUGUUGAA